UGUCUCUCUGUCCCGCAGCAUUGACAAAUUGCUUUUUGUCAGCUGCAUCCCCUUCUAGCCAACUGACCCUCUUUUCAAGGCCUGUCCUUCCAUCUCUUUUGCCUCUUUUCUGUCUUUCCUGUCUAUUGACUUUUCUUUUUUUUUGCCAAAAUGUAUCGGAACCCGUGGAUCUCAAAUUACCUGACUCACGUCAAGUUUUGCAGCCAAGGACUUGGGAGUGAGACCCCCAUUAAACUAAGCAAUCCCAGAUUGCUAAAGAAGAGAGCUUUAAGCUUCCAGAAAGAAUUCACCUUUGACGAAAAAGACGACCCAGCCAAAAGCACUAAGGAUAUAGAUGUUAGUCUCUUGGCCAAUCUCCCGAAAGUCUCUGAAUUGAGGAAACGAUUUGAAGGAGGAAUAACCACAAGCUCAAGUGACUGGGAAAUGAACAGAAAGGAGCGUAUUGCUCGGAGGUUGGAGGGCAUAGAGGGCGAGGUGCACCCGUCUCUGCUGCCUAGCUUAGUGGCCAAUCGCCUUCUGGAGGAGGACACACCACGAUACACCCGGGCAUCUGACCCCUUUGAGCCCUGUGGUGUUACAGUACAGCGCUAUGGCAUGGAGGGAUUUGAACCCCAAGAAAUGCAGCUGACGGCUCCAGAGCGACAGUCCAGAGCCCGAGUCAGACCUGACCCUCAGUCCUCCAUCCUGACAGAGCCUGUCUUUACCUCAGGCUCCACCAACGACACCCCGGAGCUUGAGUCCAAGGCUGAACGCAUCGCCCGCUACAAAGCAGAGCGGCGACGACAACUGGCUGAGCGCUAUGGCAUCUCUUUGGAUCAGGAACCAGACUUGGACUGUCCCUCUCGCUACACUCGCACCCGCAAGGAUUCUGACGGAUCAGAGAUGAGGGGCAGAGGAGGGUCACUGGGGGAGGAAGGGAGGGAUGUCACCCUGAGUACUUACACCAGUACCUCUGCCACCAGUCCAAGAGCUGGGCGCACAGCACCACAGCAUGUCCACCCAGACCAGGGUUAUGAGAUGGGUCGGACCAGGGUGGACUCGUUCUCAGAGAGGGAGAGAUUGAUGAAUCUGGAGAAUCAGCGCCGAGCGGCCCCUCCUGAGCCGCCAUCCUCUUCCUCAUACAUGGAUGUGACAGCAAUGUCCUCAGCUGCUAGGGUCCCCACCAAGGACUUCCCAGUCACUGGGAUACCACCCAGUUCUCCCAAGCUGAGCAGGCAGCACUCGCUCACCUCACUUAAACAUGGUGCAUCUCCUGGUGACCUCUUCAUUGAUCAGCAGUCCCACAGCAUCCUCAGCAGACAAGGAAUCAGAGUUAGGGAGAGGCUUUCCAGGGAGGACGGUCGCCAGAGGAGCCCAGAGCUGGAAGCCCCAUCUUACCGCAGACAGUUUCAACAACAAACCCAAACCUCUAAAAACUACCACACAGACCAACCAAGCACCCAACAAGUUUAUGCUCACCCCCACCAUCAUCCCCCAACUCAUCCUUCCCGCCAUGGGCAACCAGGAGGGCAAGAAGUUGGCAGUCAUCCCAGUUACCUGUCCAUGGCCUCUGGUCCUACAUCCAAAGCUGGGCAGCAACAGACCCAAGAAGAAGAGACCGAAGAGUCCGAGGAUGUGAAAACAGAGGGCCUUCUGACAAGUAGAAAAGCAGUGCUGCCCUCCGAGAUCCGCCGGAGAGAACGGAGCACAGAGGACCCUCGGAGAGGAAGGAGGGACGAGGAAUUAGGGAUGUCCAGGGUGCAUAGUCUAAACCAUGCAAGGGAGGUUGAAGCAGAAGAUGGACACAGAGGGAGAGUCAGGAGGGAUGAAAAAGAGCGUCUGCAAGCAUCAGAGGGCAGAAACAGAGAACAGGAAAAUGCCAUUUAUGUUCAAAAAGGGAUUUCUGCCACCCACAUCCAGCCAAGAGUGCCGCAUCCUGGUCCAGAAGGCUCCACCUCCAGCACAGCCCUGAGCCGCUCAGUAUCAGAUACAGUGGAUCCACGAAGGCCAAGUCAGAGAAAGUUGCAGCACCAGGCCUAUGACCCCCGAGAGGUCAGAGAGGGUGAAGGUCUCGGUAACCAAGAGGGUCACCAGGACACUCGGGUGUCUGUUGCCCAGCUCAGACACUCCUACAUGGAGAGCACCACCACCCCACCAAGCAGGCGCAGGAAUGAGCUUGAAGUUGAGUGUGAAAGGGAACUCGUGGGCUACAAUGUCCCAUGGAGAGGGGAAAGGGACAGGGGGCGCAGGCCCAGGCCCAGGCAGUAUAUCUGUCCUGGGGAGAGUAGAAAGACCUCAGAGAGGUUUAGGACGCAGCCCAUCACUUCUGCUGAGCGACAGGAAACUGAUAGGUCCUGUGUGAGUUCAGAUAUCGCUUCUACUGAAGCCGAUGAAGAAAAGGUAGACGAACUGGCCAAGAUGAGUGUAGCAGCCAAGCGCUCCCUCUUCAGGGAGUUGGAGAAGAGCAUCGAUGGAGGAGCCCCUAAAUCACGGUCCAGGAAUGCUGCAGUGGACAGGAGACUAAGAAGGACACAAGACCGAUCCAGAACUCAGCCGAUCACCACCGAGGAAGUCGUCAUUGCUGCCACCGUCCCCGCUCACGUGCCCCACGCGGUGUCUGUUCACACCUCUGUAGCACGCGUCCCUAGCCCGACCUUAGUUUACAGCACUGUCCCCUCAUACAGCCUGCAGGCAUCUUCACAGCAGAGCUCGUCUGCCCGGGAGCAGGCACGGGAGGCCCGGCAUGCUCGGGAAACCCAGGAGCUCCAGGUCUCCAAACCAGUUUCUGUGACGGAAGAAAAAGACCAUCAGAAGAUCCAGAGUCAAAGCAAGGACCAGGUGUCUAAACCGGUGUCCACAAUGGUGGUAAAAGACGAGGAGAGGAGUCAGAGUGAUAGCAACAGCAAGGCUCAGGGUCCGGACGAGCCUGAUCUCUGCACCCUCAGCCUGGCAGAAAAGAUGGCGCUGUUCAACCGGCUGGCUCAGCCUCCCACCAGGGUGACCCGCGCCAGAGGGGACGCACGCCAGCGCAGGGCCAACGCUCGCUACCAGACUCAACCCAUCACACUGGGAGAUCUGGAGCAGGAGUCUUCAGACAUAGACACCAGUGAUGAACAGGAGCUCUGCGACAGCCCCGUAGAGCACCUACAACUUCAAAACGGUACUUCCUCCGGGUACAGGCACCUCCCUACCUCAUCAUCCGCCUCUGCUCUGAAGGCUGGAGGCACCGUCUCCACCGACCACGCUGGAGACAUCCACAUAACCAGAGCAGCACCCCGAGUCGAACCCCUCCCUCCUAGCUCUGACAGGCCUCUGCCUCCUCGCCAGCCAGACGUCCCAGCACUGAGAUCCCAGGAGUCGACGGAUCACCAGAGGUCCAGGACUUUAUCGGUGGGUGAAGACGGAGCGAAUCUGGGAGGAGGAAAGAGGAAGCUGCCUUCUCCUGAGAGGGCAGUAAGGCAGGCCCCUUUGCCCCAGCCUCAGACUGGAAGAGAGAGGAGAGAGGAGGGGGAAGAGGAGCAGCGGCUGACCACUUGGGGUGGAGAGAGAGCCGUGCAGAGCUCGGACAGCCGCAUGUUCCACGAGUGGCAGGAGUCGUAUCAGAGAGAGGGAAACUAUACAGACAGCCAGAAGAACAGAGCCAUCAGUGGAGAGCUGCAUGAGUCCAGUGUGGUAACGUCCAGAGCGGCAGUGUGUCAGCCUCCUCCAGUGGCAGACACUCAGGCAGACAGCAGCGGACACACAGCCGGCCUAGUGGAGCCCGAAGACGGAGAAGAACUGAGCGACAUGAUGAUGGCCAAAACCAUGUCCAUUAGAGACCGAGUGGCCCUGUUGAAGAAGAGCGGCGAGCAGGACUGGAGGAACAGGAUCAAUAGGAAACAGGAUGUGGCGAAGGUUGCUGUGGGUGACCAGCAGGCUGAGCUCUGGGAGGUGGAGCAGAGCCUCAAGAAGAAGGAGGAUGAAGCUCUGAUGAUGAUCGAUGAGUUUGCUGUGUCCGACCAGCUUUGGGAGCCAGUCUUUGCCUCCGCUCUCUCUCCUCCUCCUGAGCCUCCUUUCCUAACUCCUUCCCCUGAUGAGUCAGCCAGCCAGGUCAUCAGAUCACCCAGGCCCUCGCAUGUGGAUGAGCGACACCCCUGGAGAAGGAAGCGGCUAGCUGAGUGUGAGAUGGAGAGCCAGAGCAUCGAGGCUCACAUGUCCAUUCAGGAGAGGAAACAGCUCAUAGUCUCCCAAGAGGAGUCCUGGAAGAGUAAAGGCCACGGGGCCGCCAACGACUCCACGCAGUUCACUGUGGCUGCACGCAUGGUGAAGAAAGGGUUAACCUCCACCUCAGCUAUGCAGUCUCAGCCAGCAUCACCCAAACCCAAGAACAGCAGCCCGGCCAUCUCCAAACCCCAGGAAGACAUGGAGGAGAUGUCUGAUUUCGAAGAGAUCAAGGCCAUACCAGACCUGAACCUGGAGUCUGACAUGAAGCUGGAUAAACUGGAGUCAUUCCUUGGCAAGAUCAACAGUAAAGUGUCUGGACUGCCGGAAGCAACCAUCACAGUAACAGAGAAGAAAGUAAAGGAAGUGAUGACCCUCGAAGAUGAAACUUUCUCUAAGUUUUACCGACAAAUUGAUGAACUCCCCGUCACCACCAACAAGGUGGAGAUAGACGACGACUUUGAUGCCAUCUUUGGUCCCCAGGUGCCAAAGCUGACCUCAGAGAUGGUGCAGCACAAGCGAGCAGUGCGCCCGGCACGUAACGUCCAGUCAUCGAGGAACCCUCUAAAGAUGCUAGCUGCCAGGGAGGACAUCAGAUACGAGUACACGGAGCAGAGGCUCAACAUCGGACUGCUGGAGAGCAAGAGGAUGAAGGCUGAGAAGAUGAGUAAAAACUCGGGGCUCUCGGAUGUGGCUCUGGCCGGUCUGGCCAGCAAGGAGAACUUCAGCAACGUCAACCUGCGCAGCGUCAACAUCUCCGAGCAGAUGUCCAACAACAGCGCCGUGCCUUACAAGAAACUCAUGCUCUUACAGGUCAAAGGUCGGCGGCACGUCCAGACCAGACUAGUGGAGCCCAGAGCGUCCUCACUGAACAGCGGUGAUUGUUUCCUGCUCAUUACGCCGCACCACUGCUUCGUUUGGACCGGAGAGUUCGCAAACGUCAUCGAGAAGAACAAGGCUGCAGAGUUAGCCAACUUUAUCCAGAGCAAGAGAGAUUUGGGUUGCCGUGCCAACUAUGUCCAGGUCAUCGAGGAGGCCGUCAACACUCAAAGCCAAGCUGCAAAGGAUUUCUGGAAGAUCCUUGGAGGGCAGUCGAGCUUCCAGUCUGCAGGAACUCCAGAUGAAGACGAGUUGUACGAGGGAGCCAUCGUGGAGACAAACUGUAUUUACCGCCUGAUGGAUGACAAACUGGUCCCAGAUGAUGAUUUCUGGGCCAAGAUGCCCCGUUGUUCCCUGCUCAACCCCAAGGAGGUUCUAGUGUUUGAUUUUGGAAGUGAGAUGUACAUCUGGCAUGGAAAGGAAGUGACGCUCGCACAGAGGAAGGUGGCCUUCCAGCUUGCCAAGCACCUGUGGAACGGCACCUUUGACUACACAAACUGUGACAUCAACCCACUCGACCCUGGGGAGUGUAACCCACUCAUACCCAAAAAAGGUCAGGGCCGACCUGACUGGGCCGUGUUUGGCAGACUGACUCAACACAAUGAAACCACUUUGUUCAAAGAGAAGUUCCUGGACUGGAGUGACUCCAGGAAAACACCCAGUCCUACAAGAAACUCCAACGAUCAAGUCACUGAUCAGAAGGAGCAGUCCGCCUCUGAACAGCCACAUGCGUUGGAUGCCUCCCUGAUGCUGCCCCUCCAUCAGGGGCCCAUCUGCACCAAACUGGACGGGUUCAACGUGGGGCGGGGCUACGGCCUGGUGGAGGCAGAGGACUGGAGGAGCUAUGAGAUCAGCACCCUGGGGGUGGAGGUUUGGCACAUCCUGGAGUUCGACUACAGUCGCCUGCCGCGGCAGAGCAUCGGUCAGUUUCAUGAGGGGGACACGUAUGUGAUGAAGUGGAAGUACAUGGUCAGCGCUGCAGUUGGAAGGAGACAGAACCCAGAGCAGCAGAAGACAGCGGGUCCCGGGAAGGAGAAGUGCUGCUACUUCUUUUGGCAAGGCCGCAACUCCACCGUCAGCGAGAAAGGAACAUCCGCACUGAUGACAGUGGAGCUGGACGAGGAGCGGGGAGCACAGGUUCAGGUCCUGCAGGGUAAAGAGCCUCCGUGUUUCCUGCAGUGCUUCAAAGGAGGGAUGGUCGUCCACUCAGGGAGGAGGGAAGAGGAGGAGGAGAACUUGCAGAAUGACUGGCGCCUGUACUGCGUGCGUGGAGAGGUGGAGGUGGAGGGCCACCUGCUGGAGGUGGCCUGUCACUGCAGCAGCCUGCGCUCCAGGGUGUCCAUGGUGCUGCUGAGCGUCAGCCAGGCUCUCAUCUACCUGUGGCACGGCUGCAAAACUCAGGCACACUCAAAGGAGGUGGCGCGCACGGCCGCCAACAAAAUCAAAGAGCAUUGUCCUCUGGAAGCAGGCCUCCACAGCAGCAGCAAGGUUACCAUCCGGGAAUUUGACGAGGGAGCGGAGCCCGCGGGAUUCUGGGAACCACUUGGGAGGAGAGACCGGAAAGUGUAUGACUGCAUGCUGCAAGACCCGGGAAGAUUUAACUUCACACCUCGUCUGUACCAGCUGAGCAGCAGCUCGGGGGAGUUUUCAGCUGUAGAGUUUCUGUAUCCUGCCAGAGAACCCAAAAAGGUCAACUCCAUGCCUUUCCUGCAGGAGGACCUCUAUGCAGCUUCACAGCCAGCCCUGUUCCUGGUGGACAACCACCAUGAAGUGUAUCUGUGGCAGGGCUGGUGGCCUCAGGACAGUGAAAGCACCGGCUCGGCCAGGAUGCGCUGGGACUCAGACAGGAAGUGUGCCAUGGAGACUGUGCUGCAGUACUGUAGAGAAAAGAACGAGAAGAAGCCUCCCAAAGCGUACCUGAUCCACGCCGGUCUGGAGCCGCUGACCUUCACCAACAUGUUCCCCAGCUGGGAGCACAGAGAGGACAUCGCUGAGAUCACCGAGAGGGAGGCAGAGGUGUGUAACCAGAUUAUCCUGGUCGAGGACGUGUUGGCCCGGCUGUGUAAGACCAUGUACCCCCUGUCAGAUCUUUUGGCCCGACCGCUGCCAGAGGGAGUGGACCCUCUUCGCCUGGAGGUCUACCUGUCUGAUGAGGACUUUGAGGGUGUAGGGGCUUAUGGGAAGAAAGCCCUGGAGAUGAGCAGAGAGGAGUACGGGGGUUUGCCUGCCUGGAAGCAGGUGAAGUUGAAGAAAGCCAAAGGACUUUUCUAACAGAGAGCUGAACUGAAGAGACCAGGAAGGAGAGAAAAAAAGCCACCAGGAGGUUGUUUUGUCUUCUCUUUUGUUUACGUCCAGAGACUCAGGGGCGGCCUCUCCUGAGUUUGCUCUUUAGUGGUGGGAUUAGGACGAAAAGGGGGAGGAGUAAAGGAGGUGUGGAGAAGGUGAUUGGUGAAUGAGAGAGGUGCAGCAGCAUGUUUGUGCAGCAGAUUUCCUUUCCAUCUGUUCUCGUGUUGGUAUAUUGGUUUUUAUAAGUGGGAGAUUAGUAGAAGCGGAUGCACCUCUGAAUGAAAGUGUUAAUAGUUUGUCUUUACGCUUACACACUCUUGUUAAUGUUUGUACAUAUGUACUAUACGCAGGACAGACAGUGCUGUCACAUUGUCAGCCAAUCUGUCAGAGUGGGAGAGCAGGCCGGUCAGCCUGUUGAACACACUCUACAUCUAUGCUUGUGCAUUCAAAUAAUAAUUUAUAUUUAUAUCAGAUCCAUAUAGGAAUUCAAAUAAGAAAAGCUACCUGAAUAUUCACUGAGCUAGAAAUGAAUAAAUCAUGUGUAAAGUCAUGUGGAGGAGGUUGUGUGUCAUACAUGGAGAUAAACUGGACAUCACAGACUUCCUCUCUCUCGCUGUACAGCCGUUUGCCAUUUACACAUGUAAUGAUGCAGCUUCUUCUGAAUGUAGUGUCGUUAUUGUUUCAGAUAGGAGAGGGGAUGCUCUGUAAAAGGUCAAGAUAGAGUUGUGAUGAACUGUAUGUGAUUUUAAAAAUCCUUCAGUGUAUAGUGCCUUGCUUUGUGUACAGUUUAUAUAAAGAUCCUAGUCUGCAUUUUGAAGACUUUUUGUGAUAUAAAGAAAUGUUAGAGAAAUAAACCAGGAAAGUUGGAUAUCAGAA